CUGAAGAGAGGAUUUUUUUUUCUGAUUUAGAAGCAAGAAUGUCCCAAACAGUCUUACCCGUGAACUCUUCAACACUCGUCAUCCAGAUUCAACCACCAACACAAACAACACCAGCUGGGACUGGGACAAAUGCUCCUGUGCCUGUUUAUGUCCAACAGGUAGCAGGAGUUUCUCCUCUUCAUGGACUACAGGCAUUUCUGAAAGGCCAACCAAAAGCCCUUGGGACUGUCCAGAUUAUGAUUGCUCUGAUGACUUUCCUGCUUGGGAUCGUGUCUACAGUUCAUGCAGACUCCAUCUUUGUCUUUAGUGGUAUUCCUUACUGGGGGUCGCUCAUCUACAUUAUUGCAGGUUCACUCUGCAUUGCUGCCGAAAACAAAUGUAAUUCACCCUCCGGUUUGUGUUUGGUGAGAGGUUCACUCGGAAUGAACAUUUUUAGUGCUUUAACCGCAGUCAGUGCCCUUAUUAUAAUUUCAGUGGAUUUGGCUAUAGGACCAAUGUACUACAGUUACUGCAAUGAUUAUGGGUGUUCUGAUUUUGAUGGAAGGUAUGAGACCCUCUUCUGGGGAAUCGGUGGUGUAUUGCUGAUAUUCACCUUGCUUCAGUUUAUCCUCUCCAUAUAUCUGUCAGCAUUUGCCUGUAAAGUUUCCUGUUGCUGUUGUCCUCCUCCACAGGUGCCGUAUGUUGCGCAAGUUUUACCUCCACUGCCCUGUGGUUUUAGGCCCUGUCAUUUCCAUGAUCUUAACAGCUCAGAGAUACCUGUUAUCAGCAACCCUUCCAUGCAUCACCAUCCUGCAGAAAUUCCUCCAAGAUACAGUGAAAACAAGUAA